AUGGCUGAAGUCGACACUGGUGUAACAAUCUUCGGCCAAGGCGCCCAUCGUCGCUCCAGGGUGACCACUGGACUUCUGGAGAAGCAUCCCUACCUCCCACGGAGCACCCGUCCAAAAUACAUCACCAUGCAGACCGACGAGGGUCCAAAGACGAAAGGUCCCCUUCGGGUCCCGGUCAGGCCGCGGCCUCGCAGCGUGAUAUUGCCCGAAUACCCCAAUCAUCUGCUCAGCCAGUACCUCGACUCCGAGAACACGCCGCCACAGGCGGCGGCCGGCAAGCAUUCCGUAUUACAGCUCCUUGAUUCGGACGACGAAGCAAACCUGCGAGCUACCGGAAAGCUCAUGCCAUCGCCAAGCGGAGACGACUUCAUCAUCUUCCAGGCCGACACCCAGAAGAAGUCUGAAGACACGGAUGGACCUUCAAGAGAAAGCCCAUCGCAGCCCAAGCAGUACCCCUACGCACUAGGCUCGAUAGCUUGUUUCGAGCACCUAGGGUUUUCACGGAAGAAGGCCGCCCUGUUGGCCAAGAAGUUCUUCUCUCAGUUCUACUUUGGCUUCUGCAACGAGUGGGAGUUCCAGGACGUUGCCAUCGACGUGCUGGACUGUUGCGACGUUUGUGACGUUGAGGAGCCUGGACAAGAUACAACGCCCCUCUUCGACGCACUGGGCCUGAACGAGGAGAUGAGAAAGUCUCUAGAUCAGGAUAUGUACGACAAUCUGUUUGAAGAUGGGAUGACGAUCAUGGACUGGGUCGAAGACACCAUCAGCAGCCGCUGCGUCGAGAUGGCCUUGUUCUCAAAGAAAUCCAAGAAGCGCGGCCAGCUCCUCCGCGACGCUGCCGCCGCCGCCACGAAGCAGGCCUAG